AUGAAGCGGUCGUUCGAAGAAGACGUCGGUGAAGCCACGGCCCGCGGGACGCGACAGCGCCGCAACGACCACGGCGGAUGGGGUGUUCUGAGCUUCUUCAAGCAUGUACCUCUCCUCAACAAGCUCGUUGCCACCAAUGACGACGACGACGAUGAAAUCGAAGAUAUUGCUGUGGACAAAGACGACGCCCCGUCCCCGAAGCGACCGACCCAACAGCAACCCAAGUCGCCGCUUCGACGUACUAGUGCUGCCACCCCUACGCAUGAAAACAAGCGCUCAUUCACCUUUCCUCGCUCCACCGGUGACGACGAAGUCAAGGCGUCGGCGUCCCCUGCGAAACCGUGCUUUGAGUCUAACGGCGACCAAGGCACCAACGCGUUCGUGUUUACACGAAAGAGUCACAAUUCGACCCCCAACAAGCAACAAAAAGUUUUUCCGUCCAGUGUCCAUGACCAAGCCAUCGACGUGUCAGACUUUUACACGCCGGGGAGCUUUGCCCCACGUCACACUUCCGCCAAGGCGACGGAACAUGUCCAACCACCCACUGACGACAACACAACGGUCCUCCCCAUCCAACUCUUCAGCGAUUCGUCCAACCCGUCGCGAUUGAGUCGCGGUGGGUUGAUAAAGAAGAUCACACUUUCUCGAGAAGAGCGACGCCAGAAGCGACCUGUCCCUUCCCGCCUUUUAGCCAACCACUCGACAAACGCCCGCGAGCACUCGAAGAUGAUCACGGAGCGCAUCCUGGCAACACUAAGCGCCAUGGACGCUGAUCCUUUGGCGAAGGAGACGCAAAAACCCGCACCUAGUUUGUCGAUGUCGUGGGGAAAAUACCACCUGGACCUUGUGGAACAAGAAAGUGCAAAAGAGUCUGCUGAAUUGGAUCUGUCUGUGCAACAAGGUGUGUCCCGGCCGCCAGUCAACUCGUUGGGCUCGCUUCUGCCGAAGAAGUCGCCGGUGGCACAAACACUUGCAGUCCCAGUUGCAGCCCCGAAGGAACCCUCGGCGACACCAGUCAAGCGCAAAGUGUUUCUAUUUGGAUUUUCCACGCCUGAACCAGCGUCUGGCAGUGUCGCCAUCGAUGCUGAUAUUCUGUUGAACAAACCCGUCAAGUAUACCUUUUCCAAGCCGAACAAAGUCGUUCCGUCCAAGAACGCGACGUCUGUCCUGCCCACUAAGCCAUACCAGUUUGUCAGCCCCCCAGUGCAAGCGCCGACGAUUAUUCGACAUGCAUCACCACCUUCUGCCUCCUCUCUGCCUUCGACCACCUCAACGAACCCGUUGGACAAAUUCAAGAUCCGUAAGGCUGGAAGCUGGACUUGCAGUGCAUGCUUGGUGAACAACCUGGAUGCAAAGAUGACGCAAUGUCCCAGCUGUGAGACGCCUAAGGACGCGUCGUCGUCUGCACCUGCCGCCACUCCCGCAACUCCCUCAACCAACCCACUGGCCAAGUUCAUGCAACAUGCACCAGGCAGUUGGGCCUGUCCAUCUUGCAAGGUCCGCAAUGGCCCCUCGCAGUCCAAGUGUCCUUGCUGUGAAACUGCCAAGCCCGGUGACGAUGGCACGGCGGUUAAAAAGUCGUCCGACUCUGCACCUUCGUUUGGAUUUACCAAACCCGCUGCAUCUUCCAGCAGUGACAAGCCUGCUGUAGCCCUUGGCGUGUCGUCGGAGGACAAACCGGCGUUCUCCUUUGGGGUCUCCAGCAAGGAGUCUCCUAUCAAGGUAUCCUUUGGGGUUGCGGCUUCUGCACCAUCUGCAACAGAAUCAAAGCUUGCAGAGACACCUGCGGCAACUAGUGGAUUUUCGUUUGGAGCCUCUGCCGCCGCGUCCAGUGCAGCCAGUGAGAAGCCUGCCAGUGGCGCGUUUAGUUUUUCGCUCGAUGCCAAGUCCGACAAGCCCACCACGUCUACAGACAAACCAGACCAACCCGCGCCUUGCUCUGAUGCCCCUGCCGACAAGACAGGCAAACCCGCUUUUUCGUUCGGUGCCCCCGCUGAUGCCAAACCGGCAGCAUCUGAUUCUGCAAAACCAGCCUUCAGCUUCGGUGCCCCUGCAUUAAAACCUGCACCUUCCACUGAAAUGCCUGCCAUCGCGGUCGAUGCCCCCACAGACAAACCUACGACUGCCGAUAAGCCUACCUUUGUUUUCGGUGCAUCCAAUGACAAGCCCGCUGCUCCCUCCGAUACGCCUGCGUUCGCCUUUGGUUCCACGACUGUCAAGCCCGUAACAUCGUCUGACAAGCCUGUGGUGACUGCUCCGACUUUUGCAUUUGGAAAGCCUGAUGCCACUGCCGUCAGUGGUCAAAAUUCAAGUAUUGGAGGACCUGGUGCUUUUUCGUUCACUGCGCCGUCUACUGCUGCUGCAUCUGAGACCAAGGCGCCUUCCCUUGGCUUUGGUGAUUCAUCCACAUCUGCUACUGUGUCCAAGGAUGCUGCACCGACUUUCACUUUGGAGCCAAAGUCCAAGAAGCGAUCAGUCGAUGGGGAAGGAAGUAGUGGCCCCGUAAAAGUUGGUGGCGAUGGCAUUGGCAGUGCUGGUUUCGGCAGCACCACUGCGACGCUUGGCAGCUCCGCGUCGCUCGCAACCUUCAAAACUGCACCUACUGCUUCUGAUAAACCCUCGUUUGCUACCCCUUCCGGGACCUCAUUUGGUGCUCCUGCUGCCUCUUCAACGUUUGGUGCACCUUCGACAACCUCGGACAAGCCUGCCUUUGGCGCAACUCCUGCGGCACCAACAUCUACUGCAACCCCCGCCGCCUCUACAUUUGUCUUUGGCAGCUCCGCUCCUUCAUCAAGCUCGUCGACAACUCCACCUAAGCCUACUUUCGGUGGAACUUUCGGAGCCCCUGCCCCUCCUACUGCACCUUCGACUUCGUUUGGGUUUGCAUCAUCAACUGGCACGUUUGGUGUCACCGCAGCUGCCCCAGCUGCUCCCGCAUUUGGAGCGACUACGACCGCUGUCGCUCCUGCUCCCGCGUUUGGUGCAACAACAUUCGGCACUCCGGCCACAUCCUCCGUGUCGUUUGGCCAGUCGCCGCCGACUACGACAUCUGGUUUUGGUUCGACUUUCAACUUUGGAUCAACUGCACCCCCCGCCACGACGGGGGCGUUUGGAGCUGCAGCCCCUGCCGCCCCUACGUCGUUUGGAGGGUCUGCGCCGACAUCAUCGAGCUCUUUUGGCGGUCCAGCUCCGACAUCUACGAGUUCCUUCGGCGGUACCUUUGGUGCGCCGGCUGCCCCUUCAGCCUUCGGUGCCCCUGCCCCUUCUACCACUGGAUUUGGAGCUGCAGCCCCUGCUACAUUUGUCGCUCCUGCUUUUGGAGCAUCUCAACCCACUUCGAUCGGUGGGGCCCCUCCGGCUGCCGCGACGUCUGGGUUCAGCGGAUCAGGUGGUUUUGGAGGGUUCGGGCAAGCCGCUCCAAUUACGGCCGCCGCCGGCAGCUUUAACAUGGGCGUCGCUGAGCCCAAGAAAGCCCCCAGCGGUCGACGGAUAGUCAGGGCAAAACCCACUUCUCGUCGCCAAAACUAA